GUCUUGCAAUUGCUUCUGUUUUUCACUAUUAUAGAAGCAAAAGUAUUCUAGCAAGUCGCAGCGCAAGUGUUCUUUUCGCUUACUGUCACACGAAACGGGACGUUUGUUAAGCGGAAGCUUGUUUCGACCCUGGAUUUUGUCCUGUCCUGUCUUGCUAGUCACAGUCACUUUUCUUCACAACUUCUUUUGGUUGUCUUUGCUGUCUUUUGAUGCUUAUCUGGAAUGUACGCGCCUUUCUAUAUUACUUAUUAUUUCUUAUCUCUGUUCUCGGGGCUGAUCCUGAACAUUGCUUUGGUCAACGAAUACAUUGCUACAGCUGUGAUUCAUUCUAUCAUCCGGAGUGUAGCGAUCCAUUCACCAGACAUAACCAGGUUCCGAAAUCAAUUCCUAUCGUUGAAUGCAAUUCACAUUGCUUCAAGUGGGCUCUGAAGACAGAUGACAGGAAAAGGAUGAUCCGAAAUUGCUCAACCGCACUGAGCAUGAAGAUGGAGAAAUAUCUGGUGUGUAUCACGGAAUCUCGGUCCGAUUAUGGAUUUUUGUGCUUCUGCAACAAAGAUAAAUGCAAUGAGGCCAACGAUACUAGAAACCAACUCGCACAAACAUUGUUGUCCACGGUUUUCUUGAUAGUUCACAAGUUAUUACUCCUUUAAACGUUUAUCUCCCCUUUUCUUUUGCCAUUGCUGUAGUUUUCCUUUCCUUCCCUUAUCAACAUGACUCGCCAUUGUCUUGAACAGCUUUGCUUGAUAAUAUUGGCAAUUUGGACUUCCAUGACCCUAAUAUUCCAGCUGUUCUUCCGGUGUCUUCGAGAGAAAAUAACAAUUUUCCCACUGCUACCUACUCCAGACACAGCAACGGCAUUUCAGCUAUCUUUGUUAAAGCCAUUUAGUUACCAUGGUGACCAUGUCUUUCUGAAUUGUACAAAAUUGAGAACGCGUUUCCAUUUAUAUCCGGUACAAUCAGGAUUGAACUGAUCAGAUUUUCCCAUUUUCCAAUAAACAUGCCACUUUCCA